CGUCGCUGCCGAAGAGGAGGGUGGCUGCGCCUGGACGGCCUCUGUGCAGCCCGGCGGGUGCGGCGACAUCCUGCGCGUCCUGCUGCUGCAGCUGCGGGCGGACGGCCAGCUGGGAGAGGUUGACGACGCCAUUGCCGUUCCUGACGGCCCUGCUGCGGCUCACGUGGGGCCGCCUCUCAUCUUCGUCCUCCCGAUAACUGAUAAGCACCUCGACAAUGGUCGUCUGAAAGUUAAUGAUAUUCUUCGUAACAUCCCGAAGCAAUGGAACAUCCCUCGCAGUUUGCGGCACUUAAGGGGCGACGGCACUGAGGAACUGCUGCGGGUCAUAGGUGCGCACCUCGAGGAGUUGCAGACCUCGGGGGACGUUCAGCCCAGCGUCAUGGAGGAGGUGCGGAAGAUGUCGGGACUCAGAAGACUAGAAGUUAAAUGCGCUCAGAAUGUGGAAUACCCGGACCUUCCGUUACAGCUGGAAGAGCUCAGUUUAAAUUAUGGGACCGAGAACCAGCUGCGUUGUGUGGAGCGCAUGCCCAGGCUACGCAGCUUGGAGGUAAUCAACUACCUUGGUCCAAAUCUGACCUUCCCUCACUCGCAGCAUAACAGGCUGAUGUGGCUCUACGUGGGCUUCAAUACUGACCACAAGCCCACCAUGCUGUCCCUGAUUCGCGCCUACGCCUCUUCCGUACAGGAACUCCGUGUGUUCUGCACCUUGCCUACUGGUGACAAGGACUUUUACUUCCCUGAUCUGGGCCAGGAACUAGCGGCGUGCCGCCUGGUCGCCUUGCGGCGGCUCGUCCUUGUACGCCCUAUGGAAUAUCGGUGCACGGACAAUGCUUCUAGCUGCGUGUUACAGCGAAGAACUAUUCGAAGCGUAUUCCCACAUUCGGUCGACGUAGUUUGCAGGUCGUGUCACAGUCCGGAAUUCUAGUUGAAUGGCGGCAAUAUGACUUACGACGCGUCAAUGUAGCGAAAUCCCAUUCUAGCCCGGAGAUUAACUUUUAUGCGUUCAAAACCCCUGCUACAAGGAAAUUUCAAACCUCUGAAAUUUUCUUAAAUAAUGUUUUUUUUAAUUAUUUUUUUUUUAAAUACAAGUAUGUUGUCCAGUUUUAAUUAAACUCAAUGUAAA